UGUAUUUGUGGCAACCCUGGUUGUCGGUGCUAGGCUGUCAGUGUCAGUUUUGACAGCUGUCAACAAAGUGUGAGUGAGGGGUGUGACAGUGCUUGUUUUCUGGAAAGGGGGUGUAAUUCAGGUGUCACACACAGAGGGAUUACAUCAAUCAAUAUCGUGCUGCUGCUGGUGCAGUUUGCAUUGCACACAAACAUACACGGGCACACACCAAUACUGACGCGCAGCAGCAGCAGCAGUUCGUCAACAUCACGGGAGAAAUUGUAGAACGAGAGUGAGACGGAGAGGGAGAGCUCGGUGCAGAAGGAGAGAACGUGACAGCGAACCAGUUUUGGGAAUCUUUUCCUGCAGGCUGGGGAAAGAUGUCGUCCAAAAACAUACCUGCUGAUAAGAUCCGCACCGUGUACAUCUAUGGGCAGCCGAUCAUCUCGCUGUACGUGGAACAGCAGGAAAGGCUCUGUCUCGCGCAGAUCUCCAGCACUCUGCUGAAGGACUUUAGCUACAAUGAGAUCCACAACCGCCGGGUUGCCCUCGGGAUCACCUGCAUCCAGUGUACUCCGGUACAGCUGGAGAUCCUGCGCCGAGCCGGUGCCAUGCCCGCUUCAUCGCGUCGUUGCGGGAUGAUAACUCGACGCGAGGCAGAACGCCUCUGCAAGUCCUUCUUCGGCGAGUGUUCCCAGCCGGCCUUGCCGGAGGGAUUCCUGUUCAACGUGUUUCACGAGUGCGCCUGGGGAUGCACCGGAGCGUUUUCACCGGCCCGGUACAACAGUUCCCGGGCCAAGUGCAUCAAGUGUUGCUAUUGCAACCUGUUCUUCUCGCCGAACAAGUUCAUCUUUCACUCGCAUCGACUAACUCCGCACGACAAGUACGUCCAGCCGGAUGCCGCAAACUUUAACUCAUGGCGCCGUCAUCUAAAGCUCCAGGGAUCACCACCGGACAAGAUCGUGUACGCCUGGGAGGAUGUCAAAGCCAUGUUUAACGGAGGAACCCGCAAGCGGUACAUUCUGUCAACGGCUCGCAAGUUCAACGCUGCAGCCGCAGCCAGUGGUGGUUCCGUAUCUACCGUUGACAAGUCGUCCAACUCGGUUAUCGACGUGGGCCGUGAACCGGUUACUUCGUCUACCGUCUGCGACCUGUCGAGCACUUCAUCCGUGGUCACCAAGAAGGAAGCGACCGAACCGAUGGACGCCAGCUACAACAGCGACAGCUGCAGCAGCAGCACCAGUCCCUUCGCCCACAUUCCGCACCUGCUCUCGCAGCCAACGCCCGUCACCGGAACCUCCAUCGGACUACCACCGACCGCAGCGCCACCAUCCCCGGCCGCGGUCGUCGCCGCAAACUCUGCCGCCGCUGCGGCCAACUUUGGCUUCAAGCUGUCCUGUCUGCAGCCGUUCUCGUUCAACGGAAUCGGACACUUCCCGGGCAUGGUGUCCAGCUCGGGCUAUCUGGUUCCGCUGCUGCGUCCGACCAACCCGAAGAGCAUCUCCGCGGCAGCCAUGUCCGCGUUUAAGCCGGUGGUGAAGACGUCGGUCGGUGCGAGGGUUUGUUUAUCUUUCCUGUUACUUAUUUAUGAGUCAAUACUGCACUCCUCUUCCACGGAACAACAACAACAACGCCAACAGAUAAACCUGCGACUGAUACUCGUCAGCGGCAAGACGAAAGAGUUUCUCUUCAGCCCGUCCGACUCCGCGGGGGACAUCGCACUGACAGUGUUCGAGAACUGGCCCGACGACUGGGAAUCGGAAGCGGUGGCGAAGGCGGAGAUCCUAAGACUUAUCUACCAGGGCCGGUUCCUGCACUGCAACGUGACGCUGGGCGCGCUGGGGCUGCCGCUGGGCAAAACGACCGUGAUGCACCUGGUACCACGUGAUAAUCUACCCGAGCCAAACUCGCAAGAUCAGCGGCAAAAGAGUAAAGGCGGCUCCAGUAGAUGUUGUUCCACUAGUUGUUGUAUAUUGUAACCAAUUUUUACCGAGUACUACUAACACCACUACUAUUACAUAUACCGUGCUGCUCCUAAUACUACCCAUUAACGACGCUACGCAACAUCCACACCCACACACACCGCAUCCUGAGCUGAGCAACAAUAGGCAAAACUGUUGUUUCGUUGUUACGAUUUGGUUCGAGAGAGUAUUUACGGAGCCGGUACUUUUAAGUUGUUUGUUUUACGUUUCGUUUGUUUUCCAUUACGCGCUCCUCGUUUUGCAAGCGCGCCGAUCAAGCAAAGUAUGAUAAAUUUAAAGUUUAAUUAGUUUUCUAAGGGCGAGAUUUGCGCGUGGGCGCAAGAUAGAGAGAGAGAGAGAGAGUGCAAGCAAACGCAAAGUGGUACAUAUUUUUAGCGAAAAUUCUAUACAUAUACAAACAAACAGACAGACACAUGCAUACUCACAACGCAACGGAAGGUAAAAGUGUAGUAAUUAUUGAAACAUAUGAGAAAAUUUAGGAAUGAAAUUAUUAGCUCUAUUUCGGCCGUUUUGUUGAUCGGUUUCGCGCGCCAGUUUAGUUUUUCCCCCAUUUGGUUUUCAAAGAGUAUGUUCUGUUCGGCAUUCGUUGGGAUUGAGCGCAGCAUUGUAGAGCAAGAGAUUAUUUUGUGAAGCUCGAUUGUGGGACUAAAAAUAGCAACUAGUUUACCGUUGCAAUUGCGCGCACCGGUGGAGAUGACCUAAACACAUCGAAGCUUUUGUUGAGACAAACAUCCCUACAAAGAUGGCAUUCAGAUCCAACAUAAAAGCUCACAAAAUGCUUAACCAGUUGCGGUUAACGGUCGGAUUUUUUUGCAAUCUGACUUUUCGAAGAUUAGAAAUAUCAAGUAAACCAAUUGUUAUCGUGUUCAUUUAGUUUUCUUCUUUGUUUACGGUGAGAUUGUACAAACAUUCUUCUUCUGUUAGAUGGUACCGUAAGAUGAUGACGAGUUGGCUUGCAGAAUCAACUUGCGUCGCGUGUAUAGUUUUAUAUGGUCUUUGUAGGAAGAUGAACGGAAAGAAAGAGAGAAUAAAGUUUUCUAAUCGAUUGUAUGUGUUCAGAACGUAAGAAACUGUGAAUGUACCCCGAACUAUGACUACUAAUCACACACACACGCAUCCAAAAAAAAAACAACAAAUUCUGAUAAAUAGCCACUCUAACGUUCGCUAUAGGUUCAAUCAAAAGCCACUCAUUGUAAUCCAAAAGGUAUAGAUAGUUGUUCUUGAAGUCCCUUUCCCCUUAAAAUCAAACUAACCCCCCCACGUACAUAUAUAUGCAAAGCCUUCCUUUAUCAGAAAAUGUCACACACACACAUACACACUCGUUCUACUCUAUUGUUGUUGAAUCUAUUGUACUAUCGAAACCAGAGCUAUUUAUACUUUACCUUGAAGACGAAGUAUCUUUCUAAUCGAUACAGCGGACUGUAGUGACUAGUCUACCAUGUAUAAAAUCGCAUACAACCAUCACUCAAACACACACACACACACACACAUGCAGACACAUUUCCCCCCAACUGUCAAGUCUUUAUCGCAUUCUCAUCGUUAUCGUCGUCGUAGUCGUCGCUGUCAUAAUUAUCGCAACACACUCACAGACACAGAUACAAACACACACACACACACACACACACACACACACACACACACGAAACAUAACCAUGUUCGAUAACCGUUUGCCGAUGUAAACAAACUAGAGUGCAAUACAAUAGUUAAGUAAACAAACCCGCAAAAACAAGCUUCAAAUCAAAUGCAUCACAUUAACAAAAAGAGACGCAACCUCAGCCGCAACAAUUGCCGCAAUUUGCUAAAAUUCAAACGACUUAUCAACCGAACAUUUACCAUGAAUUGCAAGUGCUGAUUUGCUUCAGUGUAGCCCCAAUUCUACCAACCUCAUCAACAUCGAUCAUAAAAAAAUAUCCUGCGUCGGCCGGGAAUCGAACCCGGAUCAACUGCUUGGAAGGCAACUAUGCUGACCAUUACACCACCGACGCUAGUGAUGGGCGGGGCUGGGCGCACACCAUGGGAGUCAACUCGUUGUGACACACUGGGUGGAAAAUUCGAUUUCAACUUGGAUGAAUUUGUGUUCAUCCUUUGUCUUGAUGGCACUUCAAACUUUGUGCAAAUUUUUGGGGUAAAUUAUGAAUCAUUGACAGGUUGAUGAUUUGAUUCUAAUUCUUUUCAUUUGGUUGAUUUUUACGAAAUAAACAAAUUAUUUUGCAAAACUUUUAAUAUAACAUUUCCUGCUCACUUCCAGUUGAGCUAUUCACUACUCACCAGAAUUCCGGAUAAAAGUUCUCAAACCUCGAUAAAAGUUUACCCAAAAUUCAUAAACUUCUUUCAAUUUAUGAUUGAAUUGUUUGUUCUAAAGAGGAUUUUUUGGAAUAUUUGGUGCGUAUUGUUGUAACAAUCGAAGAAGUUUGACUUUUUCGUGCAAUUUAAAGUUUUUUUCCGUUUUGAAGAAAUUUAAAAUAUUAUCGCAUUUAGAGAAAAAAAAACUACAAAAAUAACACAUCCGUUCGAACAUCAAAGUACACAACAAAGCAAAUUCACCGAUAAAAUUGCUUGAAUAUUUUUUUAGCUGGCGUAAAUUACUUGCACCACAGCUAUCAUCAUAUUUUCAUCGAUAACUCAAUUCAUAGAACAACAAAAAACUGAUCACAAAACGUAAUUACUAAAAUGAGCGAAAAACCAAUACCAAAACAAGAUAGAUGAGACAGAAGAAAAAUAAAGAUUAUAUAUUCAUAUUUGCUUUUUUUAAACAAAGAACAAACAAAAAAAAACAAUUUAAUCAAAACUUAGUUCGUGUUUGCUUCAAUGCAUAAAACUGUAACAAACUUAACAAAUAGACAGCAAAAGCAAAACAAUAGGCUGAGAGGUUGUUGCCAGCGGACUCGCUGCUGAUCGAUAUACGGUUAAAACAUAAACAAAUAAUAGAGAAAAACAAGAAAGGAUAAUCUUACUGCAAGAUAAAAAAAAAACUAGCGAAAUGUCGAACAAUUUAAACAGACAAAAACACAGACACAUACACGCUCACUCACACUUACACACGCGCAUACAGAAAGAGAAAAUAUUUUUAUAUUUUUACGAAGAAAGAAAGAAAAAAACCACAAAGGUAAACUAAACUUAACUCCUAACCAAGUAGUUGCGCGCGCACGUAACUGUGUGUGAGGGCGAAGAGACAGAAGCGCACGUGGCUAGGCGAACGUGUUUUAAAACAAAAAUCCACUAAAACUAGCAACACUGUAAAUAUUGUAAUUAAACGAGAAGAGGAAACAAAGAAACAAAAAAAAACAGCAACACUGUGUAUAAAGGCAAAGGCAAGUCGAGAGAAAGGGCAGAAAUGUUUGGAUCACUGGCUCCUCCGCAGAAAAUACUAAAUCAAAAUAGUGAAUAAAACGCUCCUCGAUUGAAACAACAAAACACUGGCAACUCCAUUUUCCCAUGGCUCGGUACCCAGCCGCACUUCAUCAUGCGACGAAACGCGAGGCGAGACAUUUUCUAGUAAAACAAAAAGAAAAAGAAACAGAAGAAAUCAUAUGUCAAGUGUUGCAUUUUUCUCUUGAAUACGCAAGCGUGGAAUGAAAUUUAAGGUUAAAUAAAUUCACAAAACUGGUGCUUACAAGGACACACACGCGUUCUGUUUUAUAGUUUUUAAAACCCUCAGAGAAAACGUCGUUGUACUCUUAUUUUUUUCGUUUUUAAGUUUAUCUAGAACAAAUAAAACGGGGGAGAAAACGCGCAUGAAAGGAAAAACUAUAUACAAGUGGAACACACGAGUGGAAAAUCUUCUGACGAAAGCGUUUGGAAGUGAAGAUUGGUUACGAAUGAAGCAAGAAGAAAAAAUCGGUAAAAUUAGGUAUUCGAUAACUAUAUUAUAGCUAUUACGUAUUUUAAAGAGAGGAAAACUAGAUGGGAAAAAUACAAAAGAAAAACUGCGUAUAUUGUAAGAAAUUGAACUAAAACAAGUAUAGUGACAAAUUAAUUUAAAUAAACUGAAAUGAUGAAAAAAUGGUUAAAAGUGAA